UUCGACAUGGAAUCUUGGAGACCAAGAAGCCCAGAGACUAGUUUAUCAAGUGAUGAGGAUCAAGUCAAAGAUCAUGAUCAAGAUUCGGGUUCUACUACGGCGAAACGAAGCUACGAAUGCACAUUUUGCAAGAGGGGUUUCACCAACGCUCAAGCCCUGGGAGGUCACAUGAAUAUCCACAGGAAAGACAGAGCCAAAGCAAAGCAACUCGUCUCAGGUACUUCAUCACUAAAUUCAAACCACUACUCAAAUGAGGAUCAAUACUCCUCUUUGAGUACAUAUCAUCAUCAACAAUUUAGUACUGCACCAAUUUCAAGCCAGGCGGGUUCAGGGCACUAUCCGGUUGUGGAUCAGAGGAAUUACCAGAUGUAUUUUCAGCCAUCUGGGUCCAGCCCUAGAAUCCCAUAUGGUUAUGACCAUGAUGAUUCAAUUGGGUCAAGGCAUCCGUCUUUGGGUGUGAACCAAGAACUCUGGGGUGCAAAUUUGAGCUUGCGGUUCAGCCCCAACCAUUUGGAAGAUGAUGAGUACAGAAGGGGACUGAGGAGUAAUGAUGAGGUGGAUUUGGAGCUUCGACUUGGGCAUGGAUAAUUUGUAAGGGUACACUUUAAUUGACCUAGGCAUAUAUGAUUACUACCAAGGAAACACAUGGUAGAGAGAUUAGUGAAGAUUACUCCAUCAGAACUAUUUUCUUAAGCACAAAAGGUAUUUAAGAAGUGCACUGUAAAAAUUUAUAUGUAUUUUCCUUAAUUUGUCUAGGUUUGGU